AUGUCUCGCCCUGCACACAAAAGGCCAGAAUAUCACAAAAUAAACAAAGACCUUUUUGUACUUACCUAUGGAGCACUGGUGGCCCAGCUAUGCAAGGAUUAUGAAAAAGAUGAAGAUGUGAACAGAUACUUGGAUAAAAUGGGUUACGGUAUUGGAACACGGCUGGUAGAAGAUUUUUUGGCUCGAUCGUGUGUGAGAAGAUGUCAUAGUUAUUCAGAAAUCAUAGACAUAAUUGCCCAGGUAAAUGCAUUUCUGGUUUUUCAAUGUGUCUUGAGAACAUGUCAAACAUGA